AUGGAAGACCACAGGCAGGCUAAUUGCAAUGUCAUUGGGGAACUAAUAAAAUCAAAAUACAUGUCAAUAAAGAGAGUACACACACCACAUGACAUAAUCAACGACAUGCUAGAUGAUUUUGGUGUUUCAAUGGGGUACCAAAAAGCCUGGAGAGCAAGAGAAAAAGCUUUAGAAUUGGCAAGGGGAAACCAAGAUGAUUCAUACCAAAAACUUCUCAUCUACCUUCACAUGCUAAAAGUCUCGAACCCAGGUACAAUUACACACCUGGUUACAAACAAUACAGAACACUUCAAAUAUAUGUACCUAGCAUUUGCAAAUUCCAUCAAAGGAUGGAAACACUGUAGGCCAGUCAUUGUGAUAGAUGGAACUUACUUGAAGACAUCAUUUGGGGGAACUUUAUUCACUGCUUCAACAAUGGAUGCUAACAACAACAUAUUCCCAUUAGCCUUUGGAAUAGGAGACUCUAAAAAUGAUUCAUCAUGGUUAUGGUUUUUCACAAAGCUAAAGGAGACAUAUGGAGAAAGAGAAGACAGGCAUAAAAGCAUAGAAAAUGCUAUAGACAAUGUAUACCCAAAAGCUUUCCAAGGAGCAUGCAUAUUCCACCUGUUAAACAACAUUAAAGUCAAUUUUGGUGUCCAUGGGGAGGACCUAAACCUAAACUUUGUCAAAGCCGUAAAGGCAUACAGGGUACAAUCAUUUGAGCACUACAUGCAUGAAAUAGACAAGAUUGACACACGCAUAAGACCGUAUUUACAAAAAAUUGGAUAUUUAACUUGGUCUAGAUGCCAUGCUCUAACAAGAAGAUAUAUAAUGAUGACAUCAAAUAUAGCUAAAUCAAUAAAUGCUGCAUUGAAAGCUGCAAGAACGCUGCCAAUCACUACAAUGAUGGAGGGCCUUCGAAGUUUAGUUCAAAAAUGGGUAUGGAAAAAUGGUAACGAAGCAAACGGAACAUUCACACAAGUAACAACAGAUACUGAAACUGUGCUUAGAGAAAACUUUAUUCGUGCCAUUAAAUUUCAGGUCUUCCCAGUAAACACUAUACUGUAUCAAGUUGUGGUUGAACAGAAAGGAAAUUUUUUGGACAACCUAAUGGAGAAAACAUGUGAAUGCAAAAGAUUCCAACAAGACGAAAUACUGUGUGCACAUGCAAUAGCAGUAUUCGCCAAAACACGGCUGAAAACAUAUGAUUAUGUUGCUAAUUACUACAAAACUACAACUAUGAAAGCAACAUAUGACUCAACUGUUCAUCCAUUGCCAAAUGAAAGCGAAUGGACACUGCCAGAGACUUUAAACAUAAUUUUCCUACCACCAAAAUCAAGAAAACCACCAGGCCGCCCUAGAAGAAAAAGAAUCAGAUCUAGAGGAGAACCAAAGGUGCAAAUAAAAUGUGGAAGAUGCGCGCAGCAAGGGCAUAAUAGAAAAACAUGCAGGAAUGAACCAAUCCCAAAGCUGCGAAACACAACAAAGUCAAAGAAAAUAGACAAAUAA